AUGCUUUGUUCACACGUUGCUAAUAAAGUUGCCUCAAAACCGUGAGAGCAGCUUGUUAAAGGAAUUGUCUGAAUCAAUCAGAAACAGCCUUGUAAUUGAGUGGACUAUUUAAAUAAUGCAAGGCUGUGCCUGGAACUGCCUAAGAUUAUGGCUACCUUAGGUGAAGAUGCGUUUGAUUAUAUGUACUCACCGUAUAAUCCUUAUUCUUAUCAAUACUUGAGUAACCGACCGAAAGGUUCCAGUUGGAGGCAGAGACAUUACUUAAACAACUAUGGGGACCCUACCGAAUAUUUUGACAACUAUCAACGAGCUCAACUCAAAGCCAUACUGUCUCAGGUGAACCCAAACCUAACUCCAAGAGUGAGAAAAGCCAACACCAAAGACAUUGGCGUGCAGGUAAACCCUAAAAUUGACGCGUCUGUACAAUGUUCUUUGGGUCCAAGGACGCUGAUGACGAUGACUACUAUGAGGCGCAGGGGAGCAGCUUUCAAGCGCAGGGCUUCACAAAACCAGGUCCAAGGGAGUCCGGCAAGUAUGCCCAAGAACGUUCGGUUCCGAAGGACCAUGGCUAUCUACUCUCCUAUCGUGUCUCCCAACCUAAACACAUUCAUCUAUAGAGGCGACCAGGACACUCGAAAACCCGAUUCCAAAGAGCCACAAAAAGAACCACCUCCGGAGGAAGAAGAGAAAGAAUCGGAAGUGAAAGAGAAUGAGAAAGAACAGGAGAGCACAUCCGAGCCGGUGCAGGGUCCGGGAGAGAUCUCCACAAUCCCGGGUGGGCUGAGUACUGAGGAGCCCCAAAGUACAGAGAAGGAACAAAAGACCGAAGAUCUGCUGGACAAUACCGCCAAAAGUGAGAAGCGGCUAAGAUUUCAGUUCUUGGAGCAGAAGUACGGAUACUUCCACUGCAAGGACUGCAAUGCUCGUUGGGAGAGUGCUUAUGUCUGGUGUGUACAAGGCACCAGCAAGGUCUACUUCAAGCAGUUUUGCAGAACCUGCGAAAAGGCGUACAACCCUUACCGGGUCGAGGACAUCACCUGUCAAACCUGCAAACAGACAAGAUGCACCUGUCCCAUCAAAAUGCGCCACGUUGACCCAAAGAGACCACAUCGUCAGGAUCUGUGUGGCAGGUGCAAGGGCAAACGGCUCUCCUGUGACAGUACUUUCAGCUUCAAAUACAUCAUUUGAUUUCGAUGGUAGGGUUGAUUUCCUGCUAGGACUCAAGUUAAUGGAAUGCAGGAAGUAUUGUUUUUUCGUUUAAAAAUGACGAAAAUAAAGUGUGUAAAAAGCA